CAGCAGAAAUAGCAAAAGUUGAUGGUGUUAGAGAAGCAAUUAAUAUUAAAAUCAAUCAAUUAGUUAAUGGAAAAGGAUUUGUUGUAGUUGGAUGUGAUGUGACAACUAAAAUUCUUUCUGAUGCAGAAAUAAAAAUUGUACUCAGUACUGAUAUUAAAACUCAAUUAUAUGAUUUAAUUCAAAAAGCAAAACAAAUUUCUACAAUUAUCGACAUGAAAAAUUUAUCACUUGAUCAAGUUAUUCCAAAAAUUUUAAAAAUAGUUAUUUAUCAUUCUUUACAAUAUAUUUCAUCUCCUAUUAAAGCACCUUAUAAGUCUGUAGUUCAAUUUCAAGAUCAAUUGAAUGAAGAUAAUCAAAUUUCAAUUCAUGAAAAUACUAAUGCUUCAAAAAGAUUUAGACAAAAGUCUUUUGAAUUAGCUUUUCCUGAUUUAGAUGAAUGUUUAGAAUUUAUGAAAAAUUUAUUUUGUUAUUAUGAAGUAAUUGAAAAAGAAUAUGAUGAUAUUGAUAAAAUUAUUCCUCUUGAUCGAAAUUAUGCAUUUUAUUUUAAAAUGCAAGAUUGGAAAUCAAAAGUAUUGUCUGGACCAUUAAAUGGUGCCAAUUUAUCAUUAUACAAAGAUACAUUAAAAAAAAUGAAAAAAAUUGGAUUUUCUGUUGAUAUACUUCUCACACAAGUUCGUUCAGAAAUGGAAAUUUACAUAAAUUUGUUGAAUGACAGUAAAGAUAGUAUUAAUUAUUACAAUAAAUGGCAAGUAGUAGGCGAUGAUAAAAAUUCAAAUGAAUCUUAUAUUGAUUGUGCAAUUCAUGAAGCUAAGGAAGAAGUAGAAGUUGAUAUUAAAUUAGAAAAUUUAACAAUAAUUAGUACUAUUAAGGGAUUUCAAGUUUUUCCAGAUUUUGAAAGGCAGCAAAUAUUAUAUUUAGAUUUAAAAAAAUUAUCAAAGUAUAAUAUGACCAAUUUUAUUAAAGAACAUAUGUCAAUGAUAUCAGAAGUAAUUAAUAAGAAAUUUUGUGCUAUUCAUAAUACUGAAAUAGACGAAAAAGUUACAGAUGAAAGUAGUAGUAAAGAUGAAAAUAUAGAAUCUAGUUCAAAUUAA